AUGGAUCAAGUCGAUAUGAUAUAAGAUGAUCAAUAAUCUCCACUACACAUUAAACAAUAACUUGAUAUUGAUAUAUCAUACAGAGUAGCAUACCCAAUCAAUUUGGAUUUACAAUAAAAAGAAACACCUAAAACAACAGAGAGAACUAUUAAACAUCUUGAAAUUGAUGAAGUACAAAUACUAACAGAAACAACAUCAAAAACAUAAAUUGAUGUAUCCUCUCCUAGAGUACCAUUCCUAACUCAUUCCUAAAUAAUGGGAAUGCAUCAAGAAGAAGAUGAAGUCCCUUUUAAUAGAUCUGCUUUAAAUUAUCCACUUUCAGAAAUUCCUGAAGAACUUACACCCAGUAUUAUGCCACAUGUACUUCAUUUAAUACUAUUCAAGAUAUCUAAGGUAUCUAAUUAAGAGGUUAUCAUUGAUAAUAUGAGUAUAGUAAAUAGUUAGUAAUUGAAAUUUAGUAAAAAAUCUUCUGAAACUAAUGUUGUAUCAAUUAUCAAUAUAGAUGGUAGCAAAUUGAAAGAGGAAGUAAUGUUAUUUAUAAUUAUAUAAAAAUAGUUAAAAGAACAUAUAAGUUUGUUGGAAUCUAAAGUUUAAGAAUUAGAGAAAGAAAACAUAAUUCUUAAAAAGAAAUCUAAUUAAGAGAAAAUUAAAUAUAUUGAAUUGCAGAUGGAAACAGAGUAUAAAUUAACAUCAAUAAUUGAAUAAUUUUAAGAUUAAGAGAAUAAUUAUAAAAAAUAAAUUAAUAUCCUUAAAAAUGAUCUUAAUAAUGCAAAAUUAUAAAUUCAUAUAAUAAACCAAUAGAUUCCACAUAAUAUAGAAUAAUAAUUAUCAUAAUCAUAAAUUUAAUUGUCAUAUAAUAAUAAAUCUUAAUAAUAUUAUAAUAAAUAAUCAACCUUAUCAUAGUCAUUUAAUGAAUAAUUAAACAAAAAUUAAAAAGAUUUAUAUCUUACAUAAAUUUAAUAUGAAAUUGUACAUUCUAAAUUAAUCAAAAUCAUAAAGAAGAUAGAUUAAUAGAUUGAUAUUAAUAAAAAAGAUUUAUGUGAUCUCUUAUCAAUAUUAGAAAACAAAGUUUAAUCAAUAAUUAAUAGUGAAGAAGAGGAAAAAAUUGAUGAACAUAGAACCUUAUUAUCAACAUUAAAAACUGAAUUGGGAGAAAUUAAAUAAAUAAGAGGAUAAUUAUCUAGAGUAUUUUAUGAUCAUGAUUAAUUUAUCCAAAAGAGAAAGAAUGAAAGUAUAAACGAUUUAAAAAUUAAUGAGUUGACUCUCUAAGUUUAAGAAUUUAAGUAAUAAAAAUUAGAAUUAAUUGAAUAGACAUAAAAAUAAUAGGAUUAAAUUAAUUAACAGAAUUAAAUAAUUAUUGAAUUGCAAUAGAAACUAAGUAAAAUAUUAUUUUUUAUUUAGAUAAUUCAUCUUAAACUGAUACACAAAGAAUGCAAUCUUAAUUUAUUCGUUCACUUUAAACAAAUCCUAUUAAGAAUAUCAAGGAAAGUAUAAAAUAGAAAUAAGAGUUUUCAAAGUAAAAAUUUAAUAAUAUUUAAGAAAAUAAAACUUAAAAUUAUAAAAUUCUCCAAUGAGUCGAUCUGAAAAUGCUUCUCCAUCAUUAAAAUUCCUGAAUUCCCCUAAGUAAAAAUAGUUAUAAUAUUAGAAAUUCUAAUUGUUUUUCUACACAUUAAAAAUAUUAGAAAGAUGAUAAAUAGUAAGAAUUCUGUUAUUAAACAUCUGAUUUUAGUGUUAAUUAUAAUUCAAUUUAUUAAUCAACAACUUAGAAUUUUAACAAUAAUGUUAAUUCAAAUAGUGAGAUCAUUUAGAAAUUAAUUGAACAAUUUAAAGGAAAUUCAAUUUUUGCAUAAAAAAUAUCGGGUUAUUCAAAAAGAAAUUGA